GCAGUUAUCUGAUUUUGCAUCACAUCCUCCAACCAAAGUGCAUAGAAAAGCACAGAAGAAACCAUAUAUAGAAAAAGAGAGAUCCUGUCAGUCAUUCGAGUCAUUCUUAUCUGAAGUUCAAGUAUACAUAACCUGAAAAGGUGACAGAAUGGACGUACUUGCUAUUUUCUUGCUUGUGCUUCUGCCUGGUCUGUGUGUCUCUAGUUUGACAGACAAGGAGACUGAUUUCUAUGGAAGUACUUCAAGAAAUCUUGCUCUUGGAGCCAAAACAGACCAAUCUUCUACAUUCCCUUUCUUUGGAUUGGCUAAACAUGCUGUGGAUGGAAACAGUAAUUCAAAUUAUUUCCUUGGGUCAUGUACUCAUACUUUCAUGGAGCAUAGUCCAUGGUGGAGAGUGGACUUGGGUGGUGUCUACAAAAUAUCCCGUGUUACCAUCACUAAUCGUGGGGACUGUUGUGGAGAGUGGAUAUCUGGUGCUCAGAUCCGUAUUGGCAACAGCCUGCAUAUGAACGGCAACAACAAUGAGCUUGCUGCAACAGUUUGGUCUAUCCCAAAUGGACACACAGAAACAUUUACAUUUAAGCCUAUUGAGGGACAGUAUGUCAACAUAGUUCUGCCUGGGAUGUUUAGAAUUCUCAUCUUGUGUGAGGUUGAAGUAUAUCGCAUAUGAAGUAGAAAGAAAUGAAGAACCACAGUCAACUGGGAUCCUGGAAGGAAAGACAAAAAAAAAACUUUUUUCUUUUUAAUAAAAUACAUUACGUAUCUGUUUUUAAUUUUUUUGUUUCUUUUAACAUAACUCUGAAAUACAAAUUCAGUCCAUUCAGUGUAUUUCCAUUAAGUAAAUACUUCACAUAUAAGGAGGGGAAAGGGAGGGGGACUGCAAAGCAGUUCAUAUCUACUUAUGUACCAUCUAUUUUCCUCUGUUUUGACCCGUUCUUAUAAAAUGUAUCUAUUCUUAGUUGUAGAGAAAAGGUACAUUUAUUUGUAUGGUUUUAUUGUAUCUGCAUCACAUGCCCUGUAUGUUGUAGUAGAUUGGACUCUUACUGUUGAUUUUACUAACAUGAUUUUACUAACAUGUCCAUGUAUUGUGCAUAACUGCCAAAAUGUAAAAAGAGUACGGAACAUGGCGGAAGCAAUCAUGCCAUAUGUUGUAAUACAUGGUUUUAUUAGUGUAUCAGAAGCAGGAACUUAAUGAAAAUCCACUGGAUGCAGUUAAUAUGGGAAAACAAUUAAAGACAC